UGCACUGCCCUCAAAAUACAGAGAGGCCACUGGAGCCUUCAGCAGAAAAUGGAAAAACUGCGCACAGCGAUGAAUUUUUGUAUCUGCUACCAAAAGACUCUGGGUUACAGCGUUGUGUCCCUGCUGACAAUUGCCAGUGAGCAAAUCUUUUCCUUGGUGGCCUUCAGGUGUCCCUGCAACUCUUGGAACACCCUGUAUGGCUGUGUCUUCCUCCUAGUGCCAGCCCUCCUUCUCUUUCUGUUUGGCUACAUGGUGAAUGCAAGGACUUGGCUCCUGCUUACAGGCAGCUGCUCUCUAGAGAAGAAACACUGCUGUGGCUCUUGGGGAAAAGGCUGCUUCUACCUGAAAGUGCUGGCACCGGUGACAGUCAGCAUCUUGGUGGCCCCUCUCACCUGGAUUGCAGUGGCCCUGCUCAGCGCAAGUUUCUAUGAGUGCGCAGCCAGCGGGAGCAGCCUCAUCAGGAACCAGGUGUGCACGGACAUGGACAACCCUGAAGCAUGCUGGGAGCUGCUGGAGAAAAUACCCUGUGAUGAGAACGUUGUCAGACAACUGCUGAAUGAGAAUUCAACUUCUAAAGGUGGACUUGUCAGCUUUCGAGCACAGUCUCAGAUUCUAGGAUGGUUGCUGAUAGUCACCAUCAUUACUGUGGCAUUCAUUUCAAAGUGUAUCAGCCGCUGUUUCUUCCCAGUUAGCUAUUUUCAGCUGAAGUUCUGGAAAAUUUAUUUGGAAAAGGAACGAGAGCACUUCGAAACCAAGGCUAAAGAACAUGCAACCCAGUUGGCCAAAAGAAACAUAAAUUGCUUUUUUGAAGCCACCAACCCACCGCCAUUUCAAACCCCCAGCAAUGAAGACUGGCAGGAGAUUUCACUCCCGUAUGCCUUCAGUAAGAAUGAUCAGUGUUACAGCAUGAUACACAAAUACAUUAAUGCAAACAGAGGCAAAAUCAGUACAUCCGGUGAAAGAGAUCAAAUUUCCUGUGUUUUAAGGUUUGUGGAUGAAGCACAUAUAAAUGAGCAAGGGUUUUAGUAAAAAAAACACUUUGUAACACUGGUAAUCUUUUAACCUUACUGAUCUAAAAGAAGCUUUAUUCUGUGCUCUUACUGAAAUCAAUGAGAACUGUAUGCUAAAGGCUGGUACUGUAAACCCCGGGAGACUUUUUUAAAAUAAACUUCAUACUUUUGCUUAAGUACAUUUAAAUAAGCGUAUGGUUCACAAUGGGAUUAUUAUUAUUAUUAUUAUUUUUGUUAUGUCAAUGAUCAUUAAGAAAAAGUCAUAUGUGAAACAGUAAACAUCCACAGCAAAGAUGUCAGCUAAUACUAUGUGAUUACUACCAAAUAUCUUAAGGGCAUUUGGCAGCUGGAGUGACAAAACCAAACAUUUAUGCCUUUCAGUAACAAAGAGGCAAAAAGGAAUGGAAAUUUGGACCAGAAUUUUCAAUUAGUUUAUUAGCUAUCAUUUUACUUAACAAUAUAUUUUUCAAUGGAGGCUAGAGCAAGGUCAAGUCUAAGAUAUUCACUAUCAGACAAUUUCUCAAGGCAAGGAAGAUGUCUUUCAAGAUCCAGGAUGCAGUUAACAUCUUGGAGCUACAUGCACGUAAAGACUAGAUAUAUAAAGAGUGACUUCAGCUGGUCAUCAGCUGGAAUAAGUGAGCAAAACAAUUCCAGCAAGUUACUCCUAUGUCUCCAGCUGCUUUAGGUAAAAACAGUGCAACUGAAAACUUCAGUUUUGAAUUUUCUUUACCCCUGUCUGAUCUUGAUCACUUUCUGCGACAGGAUUUUUUAAUUAGCUUUAUUACUCAUUUCCUGUUACCCUAAAACUCUUCCAUGGAAAAAAAAAUAGGUUUUGGAAUGUUUCAAGAAAAGAAAAACAACAUUAAAUUUCCAGUUUAUAUUCCAUUUAUAUUGAUUUCUAUUUUUAUCUGACGCAUAUCUAUUUACUAUGUAUAUAAUACUAUGCAGAGUUCUGGCCCUGUCAUCAGUACUUAAGCUUUUCUUGGGUGUAUCCACCAUAUAAACUGUUUAACUUGAUCUAAAAUGGUGUCCAAGUGAAAAUUAACAUUAGGCUUAUGCAUAACAUGGUAGCAUAAGUGAAGCUUAUGUUAACAGAUUUUUACACCAUAGCUGUAGGGAUGUUAUAAAUCUGCAAUCCCUGUUAGCUAUCAGCAAUGUUUUUAUCGAAGAGCCUCGAAUGAUAAGAAACCAAUACAAGUUUUGAAUGAAGGAUGAUAGAGUUCGGUUUUUCUUUAAGAGCAUUAUAUUCACAAGAAAUGAGUCGGUCUGCUUGAUAAAGGCUGUCCUUUCACAUCUCCUUGAAAUCCUCUGUUUAUAGAUAUAGAUAUAGAUAAUAGUAAACUAUUACUUGGAAACUUAGUCGGGGAGGGAGAAAUCUCCCAAACUAUGCCUGUGUGUCAAAGAUGGUCAAUCAGUGGCCAGGAGAAGAAUGAGACUCCCUGACACCUUGAACUCACCAACUCAUUUUCAGAAUAUUCUAAAACUCAAUCUGCACUUGCACAGGGAUAAAAGCAUAACUCAAUUACAAUGUUACAGGGGGCCUGAUGACCAGACUCAUUUCUGGGACAUUCUGAAGAAGUACUGGACAUGUUCACGUAGUGACUGAGUUCCCCCUUAGUAAGUGGAGAAGGGGACACAGUCGCAUAAAAGGCAAAAGACUGUCAAGUCUGUGUUUGUGCCCACCACUGAUUGAACCACCCUGACUACUGAGAGAUUGCUGGAUCCAAGGGUCAUCUCUCUGUAUCUUUCUCUUUCUUUUAAGUUAUAUUAGAAUGCUUCACAAGCCUUAUUAUGCAAGCUUAUUGCUGAUAAAGCGUAGAUAUAUUAAUCUAAGUAUCAUAGUAGGGUACAAAUAAACAUUUAACUGAUUGGUAUCAUUUCACCUUCAUGUAAUCAAAAGGUAUCCCAAACCUUGCAACAACUGUAUGUUUCCCAGGGCUGUUUGGAGUUGGGUCAUGACAGUAACAAGUGUCCAAUUUGUUAUUUUUGCCUCCAGGAACACAGUUAUGCUUAAAAUGUUUCAGUUCACCUCUCCUAUUAAAUAACUCCAUUGUUCACUGACAUCUAGGAGGCAAUAAAUCUGCUCUGGAGUGUUGUAAAUUGGAAGGUAACAAUGGCCCCUGAAAUCAGCAGCAAGAUGUUCCUUGACUCAGUGGGGCCAGGCUUUGCCAUAGAGACACAGUAAAAUUGUUCAGGAUAGCCCGAAAGCAUCUAGAGAAAGGUUAUGCCUUUUUUCUACCCCUGAUGAGAAGGUCCAGUUAAAAUGCUGUCUGAAACUGUGUUCAUCCUCCCAGUUUUACCAGUUGGGCUUUUGCCAUUUUCUACUCCCAAACACAUCUGUAGGAUGAUGCCACUGCCCUCUUUUGUGGAUAAAAUUGCAUCUUCACUCUGUUGAUCACUUCCCUCCUCUUCAGCAGCAACGUUCAGAACUUCCCCACAUCUAGAGAGAUAUCUAAAAGCUGUUGCCAUGCCACAGGUACCUACCUGUCAAUCAAAGGAAAAUCUGACACUGACAUCUCUGAGCUCACUUGAGCACUUGACACUCGCACAAGGCACCCCAGCUCAGCUGGAACACUCCUAAACAACCCUCUCUGCCAAUACAGCCUGGGGAGAUGAAAGGAUUGAGUACAGUCCUGCCAAAAUGACCUGAGAGUACUGGUGGAUGGCAAGCUGGACAUGAACUGGUAAUGUGCCCUCUCAGCCCAGAAAGCCAA